AUGUCAAGAAGCAACCAGAUCAGUCAUGCACGCAUCGUCCAAUGUCAGGAGCGAUACACAGAAGCAGAAGCCGGGGAGAAUCUGAAGAAUAAAUGGCACCUGGUGGUCGACCGGCUGACGGUGCUCUUCCUGAAGUUCCUGGAGUAUUUCCACAAACUGCAGCUGUUCAUCUGGUGGUUACUGGAGAUCCACAUCAUCAAGAUCGUGUCCUGCUACAUCGUGCUGGUCGCCGUCAAAGAUGUUUCUUUGUUCAACUACGUGUUUGUGGCGUCCUGGGCCAUCGCGCUGCCGUACUGCCAGUACCGGCCGCUCGCCUCCAGCGUUUGCACGGUCUGGACGUGUGUCAUCAUCGUGUGUAAAAUGAUGUACCAGCUCGAGUUCGUAAAACCUGAAAAACACUCUACGAACUGUUCGAUGCCAGAAGACUACUCAGAAGUCCAGAAGGAUGACAUGAAGAAGAAUUCUGUGCUGUAUAAGAGUGCGGUGGAUCCAGCCAACUGGGUCGGCCUGCAGAAAGCUGACGACCUGCUGGGCUACCUCAGGGACAACUUCAUGAUGCUAGCUCUGUUAGCGUUCGAGAUGACCAUCUACCGCCAUCAGGGAUAUUUCAGACUGAGGAACAAGCUGUCGCCUCCCGCCGCCCAGAUCAUCUUCCAUGAUAUCACACGGCAACACCUGGACAUCGGCAUCAUCCGCUUCAUCAAAUACUUCAUCAACUACUUCUUCUACAAGUUUGGACUUGAGACGUGCCUGCUGCUCGUGGUCAAUGUCAUCGGGCAGCGGAUGGACUUCUACGCCAUGCUUCACGCCUUCGCCCUGAUUGCAGUCAUGUACAGACGCAGGAGGAAAGCCAUCGCUGAGAUCUGGCCCAAAUACUGCUUCUUCCUCGUCGUCAUGCUGACCUUCCAGUACUUUAUCUGCAUCGGGAUCCCGCCAGCAGCCUGCAAAGGUUUGUGUGAACCAGGGUCUUGGUUGGUCUUCCUGGGCGAGACGUUGUGA